CGCACAUCCCUAGCUACCACCACCACAUCUACUUUUUCUUUCUUCUCCCUGUUGAACGUUAGCACAGGGAGCUGGAGUCAGUGAGGUACGGACGGCCCUUCGGAUGCUCGGCUGCCGGGGGGGGAGAAGAAGCUGCUGCGGAUAUCCGUCUCAUACCUGCCUCAAAACGGGGUCCUCUCAGCCUGUAUAUGUUUUUCCCCCCCAGCAGACCGUUUUGCUGUGUGAAAGCUAAAUAAAGAGAGAGCCCGGUCUGGUUUCGUAACGCGCUGCACCGCUAGCAGCGCGGAGGGAAAGAGGUUUUUCGAGGAUGCGGAUUUAAAGGGAAGACGUUAUCAGUGCCACCUGGGAUUUUUGUUAAACCGUUAAAAUUCUAAUUUAGCGUAGCCGGACGCGUCCGAGAGCAAAGGAAGAUUUUUCACAUGUUUGGUUAAAUUUCGCAUAUAGCGACGCGAUAGGACAAAAAAGAAAACAUCGAGAGCCUCUUAAACAGAAGAGAAAAUAAGGGGUUGAAUGCGUUUUUCUCCAGCCUGGACAACAUGAGCACAAUCUCGCCAACAGACUUCGACAGCUUGGAGAUCCAGCAGCAGUACAAUGACAUCAACAAUCGCUGGGACCUGGCAGCAGAGACUGACUGGGACAAUGAGAACAGUUCGGCACGUCUCUUUGAACGGUCUCGUAUUAAGGCCCUCGCAGACAUGGAGUGGGACCACAGGGAAAGAGAUUCCUGCUUGUCCCCAGCAGCUUUUGUUAAUCAGGUGCAAUACUCUAACAUCCUGGAAGGAAGAUUUAAACAGUUGCAAGAUGAGCGUGAAGCAGUACAGAAGAAAACCUUUACCAAAUGGGUAAAUUCUCACUUAGGCCGAGUAACCUGUCGCAUUGGUGACUUGUACACCGACCUACGGGAUGGGCGCAUGCUAAUCCGCCUUCUGGAAGUGCUCUCAGGAGAACAGCUGCCAAAACCUACUAAGGGCCGCAUGCGUAUCCACUGCCUUGAAAAUGUUGACAAAGCCCUACAGUUUCUUAAGGAGCAAAAAGUCCAUCUGGAAAAUAUGGGCUCACAUGACAUUGUGGAUGGGAAUCACCGUCUCACCCUGGGUCUCAUCUGGACCAUCAUCCUUCGCUUCCAGAUUCAAGACAUCAGUGUGGAAACUGAGGACAACAAGGAGAAGAAAUCAGCUAAAGAUGCCCUGCUGCUUUGGUGCCAAAUGAAAACUGCUGGAUACCCAAAUGUCAACAUCCACAACUUCACUACCAGUUGGAGAGAUGGUCUAGCGUUCAAUGCCAUCGUGCACAAACACAGACCCGACCUGAUUGAGUUUGACAACCUGAAGAGGUCCAACGCUCACUACAAUCUCCAAAAUGCUUUCAAUGUGGCUGAGAAGGAACUGGGGCUUACCAAGCUGCUGGACCCAGAAGAUGUCAAUGUGGAUCAGCCUGAUGAAAAGUCUAUAAUUACCUAUGUGGCAACUUACUAUCAUUACUUCUCCAAGAUGAAAGCCCUGGCAGUGGAGGGCAAAAGAAUUGGCAAGGUGCUUGACUAUGCUAUUGAGGCCGACCAGCUGAUAGAGAAGUAUGAGACCCUGGCCUCUGAGCUGCUGCAGUGGAUCGAGCAGACCAUAGUGACACUCAAUGAUCGGCAGCUGGCUAACUCUCUGAGUGCUGUACAGAACCAGCUCCAAGCUUUUAACUCCUACAGGACUGUGGAGAAACCUCCCAAAUUUACAGAGAAAGGAAACUUGGAGGUUCUUCUUUUUACUAUCCAAAGCAAGAUGAGAGCAAACAAUCAGAAGGUUUACAUGCCAAGAGAGGGAAAACUCAUUUCUGACAUCAAUAAGGCAUGGGAACGACUGGAAAAGGCAGAACAUGAACGUGAGCUGGCACUGAGAAAUGAGUUGAUUCGCCAGGAGAAACUGGAGAUGCUCGCUGCUCGCUUUGACAGGAAAGCCGCUAUGCGGGAGACAUGGCUGAGUGAGAACCAGAGACUGGUGUCUCAGGAUAAUUUUGGAACUGACCUGGGAGCAGUGGAAGCUGCCACCCGUAAACACGAGGCAAUUGAGACAGACAUCGGGGCAUACUGGGAGCGUGUGGCCGCAGUGGAGUCUGUCGCCAAAGAGCUGGAGGCAGAGGGAUAUCAUGAUGUGCGGCGCAUACUCGCACGAAGGGAUAAUGUGCUUCGACUCUGGGAAUACUUGAAAGAGCUUCUGGCUGCACGCAGAGAGCGUCUGAAUGCCCACCGUGACCUACAGAGGCUGUUUCAGGAGAUGCGUUACAUCAUGGACUGGAUGGCAGAUGAGAAGGGUCGUCUGCAGUCUCAGGACAGCGGAAAACAUUUGCAUGAUGUGUUAGACCUACUGCAAAAGCACAAUCUGGUAGAGGCUGAUAUUUCUGCUCAGGCAGAGAGGAUCAAGGCAGUGCAAGGAGCUGCGAACCGCUUCACUUCCCACGAGCAGGCCUAUAAACCUUGUGAGCCUGGACUAGUUAGUGAGAAGGUCGAGCUGCUGGGUCAAGCCUAUGAAGAACUUGGUCAGCUUGCUGCGAAUCGCAGAGAGCGCCUAGAGGACUCACGGCGUCUGUGGCAGUUCCUGUGGGAUCUCGGAGAGGAGGCAGCCUGGAUCCGAGAGCAGGAACAGAUCCUGGCUAGUGGAGAUUGUGGCCGUGACCUUACUUCUGCCCUUCACCUACUCAGUAAACAUGAGGCUUUCAGGGAUGAGAUGGCAGCCCGGUAUGGCCCCCUGAGUAACAGCAUUGCUGCUGGAGAAGAUUUGGUUAAAGAAGGGCAUUUUGGAGCUUCCGAAGUAACUGAGAGGAUUCAAGACAUCCGUGCACAGUGGGCCCAUCUGGAGGAGACAACUAAGCAAAGAGAGCAGAGCCUUAAGGAAGCCGUGGCCCUGCAUCAGUUUCAGACGGAUGCCAAUGACAUGGAGGCAUGGAUCAUGGAGACACUUAGACAGGUAUCCAGUCAGGAGGUGGGCCACGAUGAGUUCUCUACCCAAACUCUAGCUCGCAAGCAGAGGGAGAUAGAAGAGGAGAUCCAGAGUCACCACCCCCUAAUCGACUCCCUGCACGAGCAGGUCCAAGCACUGCCACAGGCCUAUGUACAUUACCCUGAAGUAGAUGGUCGUCUGCCUGCUAUUGAACAACGUUAUGAAGAACUGGAGACCCUGUCAGCAGCUCGACGCCAGGCUCUGGAAGGUGCCCUGGCCCUCUACCGCAUGUUCAGUGAAGCUGGUGCCUGUCAGCUCUGGGUGGAGGAAAAGGAACAGUGGUUAGAUAGCAUGGAGAUCCCUACAAAGCUGGAGGACUUGGAGGUCGUACAGCAAAGAUUUGAGACACUGGAACCUGAGAUGAACAACCUAGGAACCCGUGUCACUGAUGUGAACCAAGUGGCAGAGCAGCUGCUGAACUCAGACAGCUGUAACAAAGACCAAAUCCACCAGACAACAGACCAACUAAACAACAGAUGGAAGGAGUUUCAGCAACUGGCUGGACAAAAGAAACAAGAUCUUGAGUCGGCUCUCAACAUCCAGAACUAUCACCUCGAGUGUAAUGAGAUCCAGACUUGGAUGAAGGAAAAGACCAAAGUUAUUGAAUCUACUCAGAGUCUUGGCAAUGACUUGGCGGGAGUGAUGGCACUACAACGCAAACUCACUGGCAUGGAGAGGGACCUUGAGGCUAUCCAGGGAAAAUUAGAUGACUUGAGAAAUGAGGCAGAAAAGUUGGCCAAGGAACAUCCAGAUCAAGCAGGAGAGAUCCAAGGACGCUUGGCAGAGAUUCAAGAGGUGUGGGAGGAAUUGAACGCCACCAUGAAGCGACGGGAAGAGUCACUGGGAGAAGCUAGCAAGCUACAGGGUUUCCUCAGGGAUUUGGAUGACUUCCAGUCCUGGCUGUCCCGCACCCAGACAGCCGUGGCCUCAGAGGACAUUCCCACUUCUCUGCCUGAGGCUGAGAGUUUGCUAGCCCAGCAUGAAAGCAUCAAGAACGAGGUGGAUAACUAUAAGGAGGACUAUGAAAAGAUGCGUGCGGUUGGUGAGGAGGUCACCCAAGGUCAGACAGAUGCCCAGCACAUGUUUUUGGCCCAGAGGCUCCAGGCAUUGGACACUGGCUGGCAUGAGUUGCGGCGCAUGUGGGAGAAUCGGCACAGCCUGUUGGCCCAAGCCUUCGAUUUCCAGACUUUCCUGAGAGAUGCAAAGCAGGCAGAGGCAUUCCUUAACAGCCAGGAGUACGUGCUGUCCCACACAGAGAUGCCCACCAGUCUUCAGGCAGCAGAGGAGGCCAUUAAGAAGCAUGAGGAUUUCCUCACCACCACAGAGGCCAGUGAAGAGAAAAUAACUGGUGUGGUGGAAGCUGGAAGGCGCCUCAUUAAUGACUCUAAUGCAAACUCUGAUAAGAUCCAGGAAAAAGUUGAUUCAAUCCAGGAAAGACAUCUUAAGAAUAAAGAGGCUGCAAAUGAGCUGCUGACCAAGCUUAAGGAUAACCGGGAACUUCAGCACUUCCUCCAAGAUGGACAAGAGCUCACCUUGUGGAUAAAUGAGAAGAUGCUGACGGCUCAGGACAUGUCUUAUGAUGAGGCUAGAAAUCUUCACAGCAAGUGGCAGAAACACCAGGCAUUCAUGGCAGAGCUGGCCUCCAACAAAGACUGGCUCGACAAAAUUGAUAAGGAGGGUCAGGCACUGGUUGCUGAGAAGCCUGAGCUGAAACCUGUUGUCCAGCAGACCCUGGAGGACCUGCAGCGUCAGUGGGAGGAGCUGGAAAGCACAACUCGCACGAAGGCUCAGUGCUUAUUUGAUGCUAACAGAGCAGAGCUCUUCACACAGAGCUGUUCCGCUCUAGAUGUUUGGCUGAAAAACCUUGAAGGUCAGCUGCAAAGUGAUGACUAUGGAAAAGAUCUGACCAGCGUGAACAUCCUCCUCAAGAAGCACCAGAUGCUGGAGCAUCAAAUGGAGGUCAGAGAGAAGGAGGUGCAGGCCCUGAAGUCUCAGGCUCUGGCUCUAUCCCAGGAAGAUGCCGGACUGGCUGAGAUAGAUGGUCAGCAAAGGCGUGUCACUGAUAGCUUUGCCAGCCUCCAGGACCCACUCAACCUCAGGAGACAGCAGCUGCUCGCUUCCAAAGAAGCACAUCAGUUCAACAGAGACCUGGAGGAUGAAAUUCUGUGGGUGACAGAAAGGAUGCCGCUAGCAACCUCCACAGACCAUGGAAAAGACUUGCCCACUGUACAGCUGCUAAUCAAGAAGAACCAGACUUUGCAGAAGGAGAUCCAAGGCCAUCAGCCUCGCAUCGAUGACAUCCACAGACGAGGCAAGACUCAGACCCAGGUAGAUGGUGAACGCCAGUCUGUUCUGGAGGAUCGCCUAGUUGAACUGCAGAGCCUUUGGGACCAGUUGAUCGCUGAGACAGACAAGCGCCAUGACCGUCUAAUAGAGGCUAAUCGUGCCCAGCAGUUCUAUGCCGAUGCUGCGGAGGCAGAGGCCUGGAUGGGAGAGCAAGAGUUGCACAUGAUGUCGGAAGAAAAAGCCAAGGAUGAGCAAAGUGCUCUAGUGAUGGUCAAGAAGCACCAGAUUCUUGAGCAGGCGCUUGAAGACUACGCCCAAACCAUCCACCAACUGGCCAACAGCAGUCGUCUCAUGGUCAACAAUGAACACCCAGAGAGCGAAAGAAUCACCUUACGACAAGCCCAAGUUGACAAGCUGUACGCAGGUCUGAAGGACCUUGCUGAGGAGCGUCGGGGACGGCUUCAGGAGAGGCUGAGGCUGACCCAGCUGAAGCGGGAGGUGGAUGACCUGGAACAGUGGAUUGCAGAGAGAGAGGUGGUUGCUGGCUCCCAUGAACUAGGACAGGACUAUGAACAUGUCACAAUGCUGAGGGACAAGUUCCGGGAGUUUGCUCGUGACACCAGCACUAUCGGCCAAGAGCGUGUGGAUGGUGUAAAUGCGCUGGCAGAUGAUCUGAUUGAGUCGGGUCAUCCUGAGAAUGCCAGUGUUGCUGAAUGGAAAGACGGUUUAAACGAGGCCUGGGCUGACCUGCUGGAGCUGAUUGACACACGCACGCAAAUGUUGGCAGCCUCUUAUGAGCUGCACCGCUUCCAUCAAGAUGCCAUGGAGGUGCUUGGACGUGUUAAGGAGAAGAGGGAAGCACUGCCUUCUGAACUUGGCCGUGACCUUAACACUGUCCAGCAUCUGCACAGACAGCACACCGCUUUUGAACAUGACAUCCAGGCCCUCAGCGGACAGGUGAAUCAAGUGCAGGACGAUGCUGCACGUCUGCAGAAGGCCUACGCUGGUGAGAAAGCAGAUGACAUUCACAGAAGCGAACAUGCUGUGACUUCUGCCUGGGAGGGCCUGCUCGAGGCUGGUGAGGCUCGCAGGCUCCUCCUGCUGGACACCGUGGAGAAAUUCCGCUUCUUCAACAUGGUGCGAGACCUCAUGCUCUGGAUGGAUGGUGUGAACCUGCAGAUUGAUGCACAUGACAGCCCAAGGGAUGUAUCUUCUGCAGGGUUGGUAAUUGCCAAUCAUCAAGACAUCAGAUCAGAGAUUGAUGCUAGGACAGACAGCUUCACUGCUUGUAUUGAGAUGGGAAAUACUUUGAUCAACAAAAACCACUAUGCAUCUGAUGAGAUCCGAGAAAAACUGACUCAACUCCAGGAAAAAAGAGAUAAGAUCAACAAAAAAUGGCAAGACAAGAUGGACCAUUUACAAAUUGUGCUGGAGGUGUUGCAGUUCGGACGUGAUGCUUAUGUGGCAGAGUCGUGGUUGGCUGGACAAGAACCUCUGGUGCGCGCAGCAGAGUUGGGCUCAAAUGUGGAUGAAGUAGAGAGCCUAAUUAAGCGCCAUGAAGCCUUUGAGAAACUCGCCACGGCUUGGGAAGAGCGCUUCGUGCAGCUGGAGAAGCUCACUACACUUGAAGAGCAAGAAAUUCAGAGGAGGCGGGAGGAAGAGGAGAGAGCGAGGCGACCUCCUACUCCUCCACCAGUAGAAGUGCCACAGUCUGAGACAGAAAGUCAACCACAUGAUUCUGCAGCCAGAACCAGUCUGGACCAGACCACUCUCAAUCAGUCCGUGUCAGUGAACGGAGUACACAGCGACAAUGACACAUCACAAGGCUCAGAGUCUGAGUCGGUGAACGGACCGGGCAGAGACAGCGGACUGGCAUCGUCUCGCGUCGAUCCGUCUGCCACUUUACCGAGCAGAGGCGCGGCAGACUCGGAGCCAGAGACCAUGGAGGGGAUGCUCUGUCGAAAACAGGAGAUGGAGUCUCACAGCAAAAAGGCAGCUAGCAGGUCCUGGCAGAAUGUGUAUUGUGUCCUACGAAAAGGAAGUAUUGGUUUCUAUAAAGACGGCAAGAGUGCUAGCAACGGCAUUCCAUACCACGGAGAAGUUCCCAUCAGCUUGGGAGAGGCUGUGUGUGAAAUAGCCCAUGACUAUAAGAAGAGGAAACAUGUAUUCAAGCUCAGGUUAGGGGAUGGGAAAGAGUACCUGUUCCAAGCAAAGGAUGAGGCGGAGAUGAGCUCGUGGAUUCAGUCCAUCCUUAGCGCCAUUCCAAAAGGAUCGGGAGACUCGCCUGGAGCUCAACGGCCCCUCAGCCGUGCCAUGACGAUGCCUCCCAUCUCGCCCAGCUCAGGUGAAGCUGGAGGCGUUACCAUGCGCAACAAGGAUGGGAAAGACAAGGAUCGCGAGAAGAGGUUCAGCUUCUUCGGCAAGAAGAAAUAAAACAUUUGUAAAAUCAUGGAUGGGAACUUAAUUUGUCACAAUUUCAACAAACUGAGGCAGAUAUAAAGGAAAGUACAAACAGGUCAUACAAACACACUGCUCUCUGUGCAAGCCCCGAGGAAUCUGUCAACAGCUGCGUCAUGUAGCUGAGAAAAGUUUUUUUUCUCUCUCUUUUAUUCUCUCCCUCUUUGCUGGUUUUAUGUGUCACUUAUUAUAUUAUUCAUCCAGUCCACAUCUCACUUUAACUGCACCCAACAAUCAGAGCCCUCACCCUGUUUUGACCAACAGAGGUCAUUAGUCUGAGUCAGAACCGGGGCUGGAUGGCAUUAGCAGGGAGCCAGUCCCGGUGCAGUUCCAGUCUAGCGAACCGGAUUCUCCUCUGUAGGAAUAUUUGCUCUUCAGUGAGUCUUGAUUAGCUAACCCUGUUGUGAUACUGUUUCUCUAAAAAAAGAAAAAAAGAAAAAAAAACAUGAUGGUUUUCCACUCUGCUGCAUUUUGAUUUCAUUUGCCCAGUUUCAACUGCUCUCUAUUAGGAAGGAUCUCAUUACAUCUCUUCUUCUGUUCUUGGUAUUGAUGUUAUUAAUCUCAAUAUAAUUGAUAUCAUUAUUACUAUUUAUCUUUUUCAGUUGCUGGCUUGACAAAGACUAAUUUGAUGGUAGAUAAUCUUGAUUUAUGUUGUUGAGAGAAGCAAAUUUGGUUUUGUGGAGAAUGUCAGCUUGCCCUUGUAUGUACUAUAUCUUUUUGUUUUCUUUGUUUUGUUUUUUCCUUUUUUCCUUUGUUUUUUUUUUAGGAAUGACAGUUUAUGAGGUGUUCUGACAGGAAAAUAAAGCUCAUUGAAUUUUAGCAGUGUGCAGUAAGUGAUCACAAUUUUCCUUGGAAAAAUAAUAUAUAUAUUUAAUAAGUGGUUUUACUAUUAUUUUUUUUUAUCUCUAAUUUUGCCUGUAUUUGAUUCUUUUUGAGUGAUCUUUUCUGCUUGAGUUUCAUCUUUCUUUCUUGUUUCUGUACAAAGCAGAGAAGAUUAGUUUUCUAGCGUGUGCAUGUGUGUGUGUGUGUGCGUGCGUGCGUGGGUGCGUGUGUGUGAGUUGUGGUGCUGUGGACUUUGCAUGUUUAUGUUUUUUCGGAUCAAGCGUGGCCAGAUGGAUGCUGCUUUUCGGUACUCAGAAUCGGUAAACCGGGCAGAAACAGAAAUUAAUAUCACUGGAAUGAUUUCCCAGAGCUUUGCUUUUCUUUCGGUUUUAAAAUAUCUUAAGCUGACAUCACUAACGAUGAUCUUCGAGACAAUUUGUUAUUUGUUUUAGUCAUCUGAUAUCUAUUUCCGUUCUCCACCUACUGAUGUGAAGGCACGGGGGCAGUGUGGAUAGAUAAAAAACUGAAGCACAGGGACCUGAGCAGGACAAAAGGACGGUUGACAGAUGGCUUUACGGGUGAAGUGAGGUGCGUGAAGGUGAGACUGGAUAGGCACUGAGGAAUGCGCUUUGUGUGCUUUACAACAAAGAGAUAUGAGCCUGAGCCUUACUUGAACCCACUACAAAUACACUAAACCCCCUUUUUCUUUUUCUUUUUUUUACACACCAAACGAUUCAGUUGUCAAGGAAGUUUUAUAAAAAGAUACGAAAGUUUGUUUAAAAAGUGACCUGUGGCAAUGACCUCAUGUAUGUCAGUGGAUUGAUUUGGCACCAACCCCAGAAAUAGAAGAAUGCCCUCAACUCUCUGAUCAGCCUUGCACUCUUGAAUAUGUGGCAUGAUUUCAGCUAGAUUUAUACUUCCAAGUGUCCAAUCUAUGCCAUCUACAUGUGUUAAUAUACACAUACAUUGGACUUCAUAAGUGGAGAGCAAGUAAUAAUCAGUUGGCGGUGAAAAUAAAUCAAAUGGCGACCUACUACAGAUAAUGUAAACAAAUGAUAGGUGUUAGGUUUGCUAGUCUCCUCACAUAUUGUACAUUUGAAAUGAAGACACUAAAACCUGACAUUCUGUCUUCAUAUUAAUUGGUUGGUGUAGUCAGUUACUUAUAACCAAGCAUGAAUGAGCUGCUUAUAACAGCAAAGAUUCAGCAACGGUUUAACAAUAAAACAUCUGAUGGAGUCCCAUAAAAGCAAACGAGCUGCAAGUAACUAUUUGUGUUGCACUGAUAUUGAAAGUAGCUUAUUAAAGCUGAUUAUUGCUUGGAUGGCUAUACAGUUUCAUAAAAGAGUGGUCCGUUCAUAGGAAUGCCGCAACAAGUCUGGGUUCAGUUAACAGCACGCGGUCCAAAUUUAUCAAACCUGCCUCGUCUCUAACUGUGAGAGUUUGCAUUCCUGAGUGAUUGGUGGAGCUCCCAGUUAGUUUCAGUCUGAACUACAAUGUGGGAUCCAGGUGAAUAAAGUCAUUGCAUACAUAAGCGAGCCAAUGGAGUUUGCAGACAUUGUGCACAGUUUUGAAUAAAGGAGUCCUUCCCCCUCCAGUGGAUGAGCUGUCCCAGCGACGACCGCUCUGAACAGCUUCCAUCAGAUAUUAGGCGGUCCAAGUUCAAAGGUCACACAGUGUAUUUUCUUAUCCGCUCAUUUGAAUGUGAAUGAUUCAAACCAGUUUGGCCAAAUUGGUCAUGUGAAGCAAAAAUAUUUCUCAUACUUGACAUACCGUACACAAGCUCUCUCUCUCUCUUUCACACACUCACACAUUGAUACUGCCCUGUAUAUUUAAUGCAGAAUGACCCUGGCAAACCAGUCUUGUGGAAACGUCCUUAGCUGGCUGUGAUUUGAUGUUGCAAAUGGCAUCCUUUUAAAAUAACAUUGUGCUACUGGUGAGCUUUGACCAGAACAUGAGAAGUAUGUGUUAUUGAUGUCAAAGAGUUACGUUUUGAUUCUAAGAGUAUUGUAACGAUGGAGUACUUAAUGAAGCAGAAAACCAACUUGUUAAGUAUUACACAUGAUUGAAAACAGACUGGUGACAAUUUGAGCUUCCUUUUUUAGAAGAAGGCAGGAUCUUUGCUGUCUAGUGGGAGCUUGUAUUUUUUCAUCCAGUGGUCUGUCUUGCAGCAUUUGAUAAGCCUGUCCACCUACCUUCAUUUCUUUUGACGAAUGUCUGUUCCUUCCUCUGUAAUUCAGAGCUGUUAAUACCACUACUAUUAUUAAUUGCUAUUAUUAUCAUUAUUGCUACUGUUGUUACUAUUACUACUACUGUUACUAAUGCAACUUAUUGCAAAAAUUAUAA